AUGGCAGAGAAAUGGACAACUAUCGGUCUGAUCGCCGGGAACAAGAUAAGCGGGUUGCAGAAAAGAAGAAGAAGACAGAACAGGAGAAGAAAGCGAAACGAGACGCAGCCGAACUGGCAAGAUCACCCCGCGCGAACAAGGGAGCGAGCCCCCCUGCCACCAAGGAAGCGAGCCCCCCUACCGCCAAGGGAGCGAGCCCCCCUUCAUCCCCUUAGUGGAAAGUUACUUCCAGGGGUCACUCUGAUGCCCCAGGACACAGCUGUAGCGGACGCGCCUUCAGUCGCCACCCGCGACUGCUACGACCUACAGUCUUCGUCUUCCCUUGAUUCGUCUUGCCGUGUCAUCGUCGCUUCCCCCCGACCUGGAAUAGUGCAUUCAGACCUCGCUCUUCGAUCCUGAAUAGUGACUCGACUGGUGUACGUUAUCAUUGCUGGCAGUUAAACUAAACGAAAAAAUCCCGCAGCCUAAAAACAGCCGAUACUUCCUUAGAAAAGUUAACGAGUGUCGUGAGGAUUUCAAAAAAUGAAAUUAACACUGAUCGCUACAAACUGUCUGCCAUCAUGAACGAUUCGACUCAAUAGUAUUACCUGUAUCAAUUUGUCUGUGUGUGUGCUACAUUGUCAAUUUUAAUAUUCUCACAUUGUGAUCCUCUUUGAAUCUUAUUAUUUUUUUUGGGGGGGGCUACAUUGUAAGGUAUAUUCUUGUUGUAUGUUACAUUAUACUUAUU